GUGCUUUGACGUCAUGACGCCGUGCGUGCUGUGUCCGUUAUAGAUUCGGCAGGUUACUCGGUGCGGAAAGCGGCAUGGGUGUUCAGGUUGAGUGCAUCACCCCCGGAGACGGCCGUACCUUUCCCAAGAGGGGACAGACUGUGGUCGUGCAUUAUGACGGGACGCUGGAGAACGGCAAGAAGUUUGAUUCCUCGCGGGACAGAGGGAAGCCCUUCAAGUUCAGGAUGGGGCAGCAGGAGGUGAUCCGCGGCUGGGAGGAGGGCAUCGCACAGAUGAGCGUGGGGCAGCGGGCGCGUCUCACCAUCUCGCCCGACUAUGCCUACGGCAGCAAAGGGCAUCCCGGGGUCAUCCCUCCAAACGCGUGCCUAAUCUUUGACGUGGAGCUGCUGCGGAUGGAAUGAGGGGUCGUGUGGCCGCUGACUGGGUGCCGAGGUGUCUGAUCGCGAGCUCACAUGGUCACCGGAGGUGGUGUUCAGGACCCCGGCCAGACUCUACCCUCCUUCCCCUCUCUCCUCACUCUGCCUUUUUCUUAUCACUAUCUGGCCCUGUGGUCUCCCCUCUCCUGAUAGGCCGGGUAUUAUGAUGCGCGGGGGGGGGUGACAUCUGACUUGCUGGACGUUUCUGCCCCCGGAUGUUGGGAAGUCGCACCGGAUCUGAGGAUGGCGCCAUCUCUCCGGUUACCUGUUGAUUGGGAUUAAGACGCCGCUACAAACGUUGGUCUGACGCCUUCGUGUUUCCAUGGCGGAUUGCUUUUUAAUAACGUGAUUGGUCGGGCCGGUUUUCUGCUCCGUGGUGCAGCCCCCACCCUGUACCGAACCCAUCCCUCUCCCACCUCUCUCUACAAUAAAAUGCUUUUCUCUA